AGGUCUCUCUGCUUCUGGUCAGCUGCCGGCAUGUCAGUCAGGAGGGAGCGACUGGGAGGACAAGCGAAUCCCGAUCUCAGGGAGAAGAUUCCUCUUGAGGAAGAAGAAGAUGAAGGGGAGGAGGAGGAGGAGGAGGAAGGGAGCGAGCGAGCAGAGGGGGCGCGAGUGACGAAACAACCGACAAGUAAGAGCGGUGGGGCAGACGGGAGAGAGGCAAGCCCUCCCAAGUAUGUCGACCUGCUCGAAUCGCUCGCGCUCGAGCCGCGCAACGUCGACCUCGUGUCAAGUCAAGACCUCAACGCCGACAUGCCGGACGAGCUUUACCCUCCAAAGAACUUCGCGAUGGUCGAAAAGGGCAUCUAUCGCAGCGCGUAUCCCACCAAGAAGAACUUUGACUUCCUCGCCAAGCUCGGGCUCAAGAGCGUCGUUUACCUCUGUCAGGAGGAGUACUCCCGUCAGGUCCUCCAGUUCUAUCGUCAGGAGGGCAUUACAGUCUACCAGCAUGGAGUCAGCGGCAACAAAGAGCCUUUCGUAGACAUCAGCGACGAGAUGAUCUACUCAGCAUUGCAGCGACUUCUAGACGUUAGCUUCCACCCCAUCCUCAUCCACUGCAACCAGGGGAAGCACAGGACGGGAAGUUUGGUCGGCUGCCUGCGGGCGAUGAAUCACUGGUCGAUGGCUGCCAUCUUCGACGAGUACAGGAGGUUUGCCGGGAACAAGGCUAGGAGAGCGGACCAGCAGUUCAUCGAGCUAUUCCACCGAAAGUUCCCCAAGGUCAAGACGGAUCCUCGUCAACAUCCUGUGUGGUUUCUCGGUUGACGUCAUCACUUGAAUGUAAUCUAGCGAAUCGACCAGCGCCUCCUAGUGCGGUUAACUAGUCGGGGAAGAGGAGAUUGUAAGAGUAUGUAGCAGAGGAGAAGGAGGAGGAGAAGGAGGAGGAGCAUUCAUGUCUUCUCAUGUUCCUGUAAGUAGAUGAGUGUGAUCUAUGAAAGUCAAUAGUCGCA